CUGGAUCUGGCCAUCAGGAGGGGAAGCUGGCUGUGCUCGGGAUGCGCAAAGGCAGGCCCCAUGCCGUCUGUGUCGGCGCGGACGACUCGAGGCCUGCGGACGGCGAGCCAGAAUACACGCCCGAGCAUGGAGCAGAUGCGCAAGCCGUUCGCGCAGAAGAAUGCAAAUACCGCCUACUACACCCUCUCCAUCAUCAUUGCAACUGUGGCCUUGAGCUAUGGCAGUGUGCCGCUGUACAAGACCAUAUGUCAGCAGACGGGCUGGGGCGGAACACCCAUCAAGUCCGCUGCGCACGCGGGGCCUCUGACCGACGACGACGAUGUCGCCGCGCGGCUGACCCCCGUCACUUCGUCGAGACGUCUGCGCAUCACAUUCGCCGGCUCCACCUCAGACAUUCUGCCAUGGAAGUUCACGCCGCAGCAACGAGAAGUCCGAGUGUUGCCGGGGGAGACUGCAUUGGCAUUCUAUACGGCCACGAAUAACAGCAAGGAUGAGGACAUUAUAGGGGUGGCGACGUACAGCGUCACUCCGGCACAAGUUGCGCCAUACUUUAGCAAAAUUCAGUGCUUCUGUUUCGAGGAACAGCGGCUGAAUAAAGGAGAGACGGUGGACAUGCCUGUUUUCUUCUACAUUGAUCCUGACUUCCUCAAGGAUCCCACGAUGCGGAACAUCGAUACCAUCACUCUGAAUUAUACAUUUUUUAAGGCGAAAUAUGACAAAGAUGGUCAUCUCACGCCCAUGCCCAUGCCAUACUAGAGCGACUGUCGCUUGAGUGACAUCGAUGAUUGAUGAGCAAUAGAGAGGGUGGUGAUGGCAACAUUUCUGGCAUAUUAGUAACAUUAUCCAUAUAGUGACAAUUACUUGUAC